GCUACACGGUCGCAGCCGUCUAUAGCACCAGGUUAGAUUAUGAUAUAUUCAUGUUUCAUAUGAGAAAUAUACUGGUAGCAUCGCUUCGUCGUAUACGCACCAGCAGAAGAGCGCAUAAUGUUUUAAACGGCUUGUUUCAUGAGGGGAAAUAAUGGGCUGUGUACAAUGCAAGGACAAAGAGGCGACGAAACUGACGGACGAGCGUGAGAACAGCAUCACACAGCAUCACCAGGGCUAUCGCUAUGGCGGCGACCCCACGCCUCAGCAUCAGCACCAGCAGCAUCACCAUCAGCAGCAGCAGCAGCAGCAGCAUCACCACCAACAACAUCAGCACCAGCAGCAGCAUCACCAGCACUAUGCCGGGAGCUUCGGGGUCACCGCCAUCCCCAACUACAACAACUUCCACCAUCAGCCCGUCAGCCAGGGGGUGACCGUCUUCGGAGGGGUCAACUCCUCCUCACACUCUGGAACACUCCGCUCCAGAGGCGGCACAGGAGUGACCUUGUUCGUAGCGCUGUAUGACUAUGAGGCACGUACAGAGGAGGAUCUGAGCUUCAGGAAGGGGGAGAAGUUCCAGAUACUCAACAGCACUGAAGGGGAUUGGUGGGAUGCUCGAUCGCUCAACACCGGUGGGACGGGCUACAUCCCCAGCAACUAUGUAGCGCCAGUGGACUCCAUACAGGCGGAGGACUGGUACUUUGGCAAAUUAGGCCGCAAGGAUGCGGAGAGGCAGCUCCUGUCCAACGGCAACCCCAGAGGCACAUUCCUAAUAAGGGAGAGUGAAACCACCAAAGGUGCCUACUCCCUGUCCAUCCAGGACUGGGACGACGUCAAAGGGGACCACGUGAAGCAUUACAAGAUCCGCAAGCUCGACAACGGGGGCUAUUACAUCACCACGCGUGCCCAGUUCGAGACGCUCCAACAGCUUGUGCAUCAUUACUCCACCAGGGCAGCAGGUCUGUGCUGUCGGCUGAUCGUGCCGUGCCACAAAGGCAUGCCGCGGCUGGCGGACCUAUCCGUCAAGACCAAAGACGUCUGGGAGAUCCCACGGGAAUCCCUGCAGCUCAUCAAGCGCUUGGGAAAUGGCCAGUUCGGGGAGGUCUGGAUGGGAACGUGGAACGGCACGACGCAGGUGGCGGUGAAGACCCUGAAGCCGGGCACCAUGUCCCCAGAGUCCUUCCUGGAGGAGGCUCAGAUCAUGAAGAAGCUGCGACACGACAAGUUGGUGCAGCUGUACGCAGUGGUGUCGGAGGAGCCCAUAUACAUCGUCACAGAGUUCAUGGCCAAAGGAAGUUUACUGGACUUCCUGAAGGAUGGGGAAGGAAGAGGACUGAAGCUCCCCAACCUGGUGGACAUGGCAGCACAGGUAGCGUCAGGUAUGGCCUACAUCGAGAGGAUGAACUACAUCCACAGGGACCUGCGCUCGGCCAACAUCCUGGUGGGCGACAGCCUGGUGUGCAAGAUCGCCGACUUCGGGCUGGCCAGGCUCAUCGAGGAUAACGAGUAUACGGCUCGGCAAGGUGCCAAGUUCCCCAUCAAAUGGACGGCCCCCGAGGCUGCGCUGUACGGGCGGUUCACCAUUAAAUCAGACGUCUGGUCCUUCGGGAUACUGCUGACAGAGCUGGUCACCAAGGGCAGAGUGCCGUACCCAGGCAUGAACAACCGCGAGGUGCUGGAGCAGGUGGAGCGUGGCUACCGCAUGCCGUGCCCUCAGGACUGCCCCAUCUCCCUGCACGAGCUGAUGGUGCAGUGUUGGCGGAGGGACCCUGAGGAGAGGCCCACCUUCGAGUACCUGCAGGCCUUCCUAGAGGACUACUUCACAGCCACCGAGCCCCAGUACCAGCCCGGUGACAACCUCUGAAUCCACAGCGUACAGUAUAGGGUCGCUCUCUCUCACCCUGCCCCAGUUCCAGGACCAGGGACAAACCUCUGAAGCAACAGCCGCAGUCACAUCAUACAGUAACUACAGGACGAUAUCUCUCUUGGUCGACUCCAGGACAUCCCUCUGAGUCAAACCCCUCUCCAGGCCCUCCUGUCCUCCUGCCUCUCUGAACCAUCAACAGCCAAAUACAAUACAGUACAGGGGUGUGUUUCUGGACAGCGUCAUUGCUAGCUAAGUUAGACACUUACUUGGUUGCAAUGCAAUUUUCCAUUGCCAACCUACUAUGUUGCUAACUGGUUAGUGACGAUGCUUUCGAGAAACAGGGUCCAGGGCCACUGUGUGGGAGCAAGUCAAACCGCUUUCUACUUCCGUCCUUACUGGACCUCCUGUCCUCUCGUCUUGGUAUUGCCCCACCUCCGUAGAGAAAGUAAUGUUUUUUUUCCCUGCUGUCAAUCAGGGCAGAGUGACUGUCGUUGGGAAACUUUGCCUCAAUCACCGUCUUGAUUGCAAAUGAGAUAAUAACUUUUGAAUCAUGUUUUUUGCAGGAUAUUAAAUAACAACUUGCCAAUGAAUCUUGUGUCACGAGGAAGGAGUAGUGGGAGGAAGUCGUUUGAUUUGUACCCUCUCUAUGACAGGCUGCAUUCCGAUUUGAUCCCCUGCUGCCAAUUUCUCCAGUGACAAUGACACAAUUCUCCGCACAAUUCAUGACAUCGCUAUGAUACUUAUCUUUCAGUGUCUUGCAAAAAACAUAAUUCGGAGUUUACUAUCAUUUGGAAUGAGGAUAUUGAAUGGAUGAAAAGCCCAACAAAAGCCACUCUUGACUUGCUUGACAGUGGGGAAACUUGAUUGUUCCCUCGCAACUGGAGGAGCAAAGAGAACCGAGGAACAAGGCUGUAGGUGAGAGGAAACUACUGGAGGAAGGUAUUGAAAUGGAUCCCAUCUCCCUCACACACUCUCACACUGUCUCACACUCCCAGCCACAGGGGAUGGUGUAUUAUGUUCUUUGCACAAUGAUUAAUUAUUUUACUACUACCACCAACGACCACCACUACACCUUCUCUGUCUCACUGACUGUGGGUAUUCUGUUUUUCUCCUUUUAAGACUGAUUUUAAUUGACUCAUGAAAUGGACCCCUCCUGAUAAUGAUGUUGCCAAGGCAACAGAGGCUUCCCUACUUGUUUCUCCAUCUCACUACCUUCAACCUGACAAUACGCACAUAAACACACCUAAGGAACCAGUCGUCAUAAUGAUGCAAAAUGUGCAUUCUUUGUUCAUGUGGGCAGUUAGAAAGCAUCAUUCCUGUGACUUUUCCUCUCCCGUGUUUUAGGAGGACCUGAAACGUGCUGGUAUGCUUGUAUGUACAAUAGUGUAAAUAUCACCCCGUGGGAUCACUGAACAAGCUGCGUUUCACCUUGUUUAUUGUACAUUAGUUUAUUUUUAAGCAGCCCUCCCCAUACUCUACCACCUGAAUUACUGUGUACCGUAAAAAGAAAAAAGAAAAAUGAAACCGUAAAGCAUUCUUUUUUAAAAGCAUGGGUCUAGAUGUCAAAACGAGUAUGGCGUCAUGGCUAGAUCUGUAGUGGGACUGUGUGCUAAUGUUCAGCAUUAUUUCAUGUAAUGACAUCACCUGGGUUGAGCCAAUGGGUUUGCAUCGAACUCAUGACAUCAAAGACUGAGCCAAUACAAUGCGGAAUGAAUGGAUUGAACUCAUGACAUCACUGCGUUGAACUGUGGAUUGAUUUGCUUUGCAAGGCGGGAACAGGAGCACUUUUGUUUUUUUUACAAUGGGCUAUAACUGGAACUCUAUAUAUAGCCAGGCAAAGCUGGCAUCAUCAGCAGAGGUGUCAAUCGCGGCCUCAGAAAGUACAGUAAAAACCCUGCCAGAAAUCUGAUCCAACUGAACCAGCUGACCCUGAUGAUGAUGUCCACAUUUCAAAAUGACGCUUUUGCACACCUCUGU